AUGGAAAUCACUAAUAGAAACAAGCGUUUUGAACGAGUAAUCUUGAAUGUUGGUGGAAUAAAGUAUGAAACAUAUAGAAAUACAUUGACAGCAUAUCCGGAUACAUUACUCGGAACAAUGUUUCAGGAAAGAAAUCAACAAAUUCUUCAUCCUAUCGACAAAGAAAAUAAUGAAUACUUUUUUGAUAGAAAUGGACGAGCAUUUCACUACAUAAUGGAAUUUUACAGAACAGGACAAUUAAUAUGGGAAGAUAACAGCAUAACUCUCCAUCGAACUCGACUACUUCCAGAUUCCAACAUACGUCCAAAUUCACAAACCACCAACACUCGACGACGCCGCGAAGGUCCUCGAAGAAUUCACGGAAAUGAUGAAACAACUAAUUUACGAAUGCGCCCAAAUAUCAGCUCACUUCAGUCGUUGAUUGCGCCAUUUAGGUAUAAUGGGUCGGCAAUAACACAUCGAUACGGCACAGUCAUACAGAAUAAUUUGAUUGAGGAAUUUCCGGGAUUGAAUUGUGCCAUUACUCAUGAAAAUUUAGGGACGAAUGAUAAUGAAGUUUGGAUUUAUUUAUGGAAGAUAUCAGCGCCUGUUGCUUUUUCGCAAAACGAGAUUAUUGAAAAAAGUAUGUUGAAAGAUUUAGAUGUUGAUUUAAUUUAG